AUGGCUGCUCUGCUCUCCAACUCGGCCCGCGUGGCUCUCCGCUCGGGAGCUUCGGCUACUCCUAAAGCUGCUGGCGUUGCGGGCUUGACCUUUGCCCGCGGCAAGGCCACCCUGCCGGACCUGUCCUACGACUAUGGCGCCCUGGAGCCGUCCAUCAGCGGCAAGAUUAUGGAGCUGCACCACAAGAACCACCAUAACACCUAUGUGACCAGCUACAACACUGCCAUGGAGCAGCUCCAGGAGGCCCAGGCCAAGAAUGACAUCUCGGCUCAGAUCGCCCUCAAGCCCGCCGUCAACUUCCACGGCGGUGGCCACCUGAACCACUCCUUGUUCUGGGAGAACCUGGCCCCGAAGAACGCCGGCGGUGGUGAGCCUCCUUCCGGGGCUCUGUCCAAGGCCAUUGACAGCACCUACGGCAGCCUCGGCGAGUUCCAGAACAAGAUGAACACCGCUCUGGCUGGCAUCCAGGGUAGCGGCUGGGCGUGGCUGGUCAAGGACAAGCAGACCGGCCAGAUUGGCAUCCGCACCUAUGCUAACCAGGAUCCUGUCGUUGGUCAGUUCGUUCCUCUGCUCGGCAUUGACGCCUGGGAGCACGCCUACUACCUGCAGUAUCAGAACCGCAAGGCCGAAUACUUCAAGGCCAUCUGGGAGGUCAUCAACUGGAAGGCGGUGGAGAAGCGCUUCUCGUAG